UCAGUUGAAACCAAGGAAACUAGUGAUGAUUGACGUUGGCACUUUGGCAAAAAGUACAGAAAAUUCCCCAACGAAAAUUAGAGAAUAUCAACAUUUCGGGAAGAAUACUUCAGACGGGGAGGCUGUGCCACUCAGUUGUUCAAGUGAUUGGAGCAAUUUUUCAUUGAGAUAUGUUGUCAAUCUUCCGUAGGCUUCGUCCGCGACAGAUUUUGACCGUAACUCUUCAAGCUCAAAGAAGAACUGCUAAAUCAAAAGAAAAAAGACAGAAGAAACAACAGGAAAUUUCUCGUUUAAAAGCAUCAAUUGCAAAAGUUGAAGCUGCUAAUAAGCUGGAAGACCCUUUGUCUAUGUUGAUGCCAUUCAAAAAGUUUGAAAGAAAUGGAUUAGACAUUAAAAUCGAAUGUUCCAAGGUGUCUGAACUUGAUAAGGAAACCAUUAACUGGGCCUUCCAGUUGACGAAAUCUAAUAUGCAGUCAUUGUAUGAAGCCAGUGAUUGGGGAUGGAGUGACCGUGAGAAGAAAACUGAAAUGACAGAAGACAAAGCGUGGUAUUUGAUAGCAAGAGAUUUGGACAGUAAGAAGCCAGUCGCCUGUGUCCAUUUUAGGUUCGAUUUAGAAUGUGAUGAUGAAGUGCUUUAUUGUUAUGAAAUCCAGAUUAUGCCUGAAGCACGACGAAAAGGACUUGGCAAGUUCUUAAUGCAAAUCCUGGAAUUGCUUGCUCAUAAAACAGACAUGAAGAAAGUAAUGCUGACUAUAUUUAAACACAAUCCUGUUGGAAGAGAUUUUUUUGUAAAUAAGCUAAAAUACAAUGUUGAUGAAAUCUCGCCACAAACUCCACUCUUCGAAGAAGAAUAUUGCUAUGAAAUACUCAGUAAAAUUAUGCCAGAAAAAAAACCCUCAGCGGUUGAGAAAGCUACUUAACAUUUUAUAAAUUUGUAUAUAUAGAACAUAAAUAUACAUAAACAAUGAUUAUUCAGAA